AUGUUCUACUUUCAUUUUAUAUUUUUCAAUCUUCUUGCUUUCAACUCAGUAUUUUGCCUUAAUAUAUAUCUCGAUACCUAUGAACAACUCAGUUAUAAACCUGUUCAAUUUCGACGUAGCCGUGAAUUAAACAGUCAUUCUACUACGGAUGUUAAAUUCAGAUCUCAUACAUACAACAGAACAUUUCAUUUAAAACUCCAACCAUUAAAUUUUAACAAAAAUGUAUUUGAUGAUAGCCAUAUCAUUGAUGUCGACGGUAUUUACCAUUCUAAUGUGAUAAGGCCUUCUGACUUCAUUUAUGAAGGAUAUCUUGAUGGUGACCCAAACUCAUUAGUUUAUGGCACAUUGCUUGAUGGCAUAUUCGAUGGUUAUAUAACAACCGGUGAUGGAAAAACAUUCACUGUCGAAAAAGCCAAUAGAUAUUUCGACAUUGGUCAACGGCCGAUUCAUUUCCAUUCGAUUGUAUACGCAGAUGAACAUAUUACUCAUAAUCGUUUUAUAAAGAAGGACCCUAAUAGCGGCGCUCAUCACAGCUGUGCGCUGACAAAGAAACUACACCAGAAUAUGAGAAAAUUUCAACAAUCAGCAAUUGACGAUGAAUAUAUUCUCACCGAAAAUAAUUUGAAUAAUCUGACUAUCCUUGAUCUUGAGUUUGAGCGAAUGCAUAAUAGUUUUAAUCAAAGGUAUUAUACAGCUAAUAGAACAAAACGUUCAAUCAAAACCGAUUGGAAAGAUGUUGGCGGUCGAAGAGUUUAUGAGGCGCGUACAUGUACUAUAUAUCUUCAAGCUGAUCACAAAUUAUAUGAGCACAUCUAUAACAAGGAAGGGAAUGGCGAUCAUAUCAGAACUCGUGAGGAAAUUGUUGCUCUCCUUUACACUCAUAUCAAGGCUGUAAACCAAAUUUACGAAAGUACCAAUUUUAAUGGAAUUCAUGGAAUCAAUUUUGCAAUCAAGCGAACUACAAUUUAUACGCCAUCAACUUGCAAGGGCGAAAGAGCAGCAACUACAGGGAAUCCUUUUUGUGAGGAGAAUGUUGACGUGUCAAACUACUUGAAUAUGAACUCGCAAAAAGAUCAUAGUGCUUUUUGUCUGGCUUAUUCCUUAACUUAUCGGGAUUUUAUUGGUGGAACUUUGGGUUUAGCAUGGGUCGCAUCACCUUCUCAAAGUACGGCUGGUGGAAUCUGCCAAAAAUAUCAACGUUACAACGAACAUCAGCGUGGCGGUGUUAGCCGUUCAUUAAAUACAGGAAUCAUUACACUAGUAAAUUAUGGUAAUCGAGUUCCGCCUCGUGUUUCACAGUUAACACUAGCGCACGAGAUUGGUCACAAUUUUGGUUCACCUAGUGUCAGCCUGGUCUUCCUGAUGGAAAUUUUAUUAUGUUUGCUUCAGCAACUUCUGGUUUUUCUUUUUUAUCUACUCUAUUUAGGACUAUUCUAUUUAGGUGACAAGCCUAAUAACUCAAAAUUUUCACAAUGUUCAAUUGCAAAUAUUAGUGAAGUCUUAUUCGAGGUUCUUGGACAGAGUCCGAAAGCUUUCACACUUGGGAGGAAAAAGAAUUGUUUUACGGAUCAGUUGAAAUCAUUCUGUGGCAAUCAAAUCAAAGAGGAUGACGAGCAAUGUGAUUGUGGUUUUACAGCUUUAGAUUGUCAGGAGAUGGGAGAUCGAUGUUGUACUCCAAGAGAGGGAGCUACUGAAAAGCCUGGCAAACUUUGCAGUCCUUCUGAAGGAUUAUGUUGUAAUCCGGACAAUUGCUCAUUUUAUGCCGGUGGUGAUCGCCGUCCUUGUCGUGAAGAUUCAGAGUGUCAACAUCGUCAAUUUUGUGAUGGUUCUAGAGCUAGUUGUCCACCUAGCAAUCACAAGCCAAACGGGAAGCCUUGUCAAGAUAGCACAAAGGUUUGUCAUCAAGGAAGCUGUAAUGGUUCUUUAUGUGCACAUUACAACUUGCGAGAUUGUUUCUUGACCGAAGGCAGGCCUGAAGACCUUUGUCAGCUUGCUUGUGAAAAGAAUGGCGUAUGUCUUCCUUCUGUGAGUCUUCCAGAGUUGGCGCUUGCAAAUUUAUCACAGGAGGGUCGAAGCGCAGGCUUCUUACUUCUUCCUCCGGGCUCGCCAUGUAAUAAUUAUUUGGGUUAUUGCGAUAUAUUUCGAAAAUGUCGUUCAGUCGAUUCAAAUGGGCCUUUAGCACGCUUGAAGAAUUUACUUUUUAAUCGUGAGGCAAUUAAGGAGUUUACUCAACUUGUCAAGGAAAAUUGGUGGGGCUGCGUCUUUGUCGGAAUCGUAGUUCUCAUGUUCAUGGCUUUGUUUGUCAAAUGUUGCGCCGUCCACACACCAAGUACAAAUCCAAACAAGUUGCCCCCUGCAAAUUUUUCUGAUACUUUACGUCAUCCUGGCACUCUACUGCGCCGUGGUCAUGGUGGAGUACCUAAUAAUCGACCUGCGAUGUCUCACAAUCGACCUGUGCCUCAACGCAAUGAACGAGAGAGACCAUCACGCUCAACAAACAAUCACUCACGUUCAGCUCCCGCAACUUCCAGAGGUGACCUUGUUCCUCGUUCCGUGGUUGCUGUUCCUGAAGUUGCGAAUGUUACUUCUAGAAGUUCUGCUUUGGUCGCAGAAACUCCUUUGAUUCAGUCAAAUUCAAUUGCCGUACCUCCUGCAGAUCCUCCACCUCCAUAUGAACUGACUGAUCCCGCGCCUUCAAUUAGUGCUCAAGUGCCAAUUUCGACUGAUCAAACUGCUUCACUAUCAAACACACAACCUGUCAAUUCGUUAGAAGGCUGCUCUAUUAUAAAUCAAUGCGAACCUUUGCCAAUACGUUUGCCUAAUGCACCUCCUCCAGUUUUAACUACAGGUUGUUCAGUCCUCCCUCUCAUUCCAGGUCCUCCAAUAAAUAGUGAUAGCCAAUGUGGCCCUAGGCCCGGGCGUCGAAAACCUAAACCGUUACCGCAGCAGAUUAAACAACAACAACGAAAGAAGGAAUCAGUGCCACUAUCCAACGAUAAACGUUAUAAAAGGCAAGCCAAAUAA